GCCCUGCCCACACACAGAUGUUAAUCAAUCAGCUAAUUUGGCAGGAAGUCUACAAAUUGUAGUCACUUCCAAUGGGAUCUGGAUCAUUCAGUCAUGGUGACUCAUUUCUACCUAGGUGUGAUAAUCGUGGCUGUUUUUGCAAGGGCUGUUGCUAAUGCAGAUGUCAAAAUAGUCUGUGCAAAGGACUCGGUAAGAAUCACAUGGAGGAUCAGUGCGGAGUUGGUGCCACGUGCAGCUCGUUUCUUCCUUGGGAGCUGCAUGCCAUCUCGGCUGGAUAUUCUGCCCACCGGGGAGGGGGACGCACACUUUGUCUACAAGUUGGAUGAAUGCAAUUUUAAAAGACUGUUGAAAAGAAAGCAUAUCCUCUAUCGAAACGAAAUGACUUUCAGGCCAUAUGCAAAAAGGUUAAAACCCGCUGCCAUGGUGUAUCCCAUCGAGUGUGUUUAUAAAAGACCCGAAGGGUGGAUUCCCCCUUUCCUGAACCUCGGGUCAGGUGUUGCUGAAGGCCGAGGCACGUUGGUAUUCCACAUGGCGCUCCUCAAUGAUCAAUUAACAGGCAUCGCAAAGACUAACGUCAUCCCCCUGGGCUCGUUCAUGCUGAUAUGGGCGGCGGUGGAGCAGAAGUCCCAUCAACCCUUGCUGCUGCUCAUGGAGGAAUGUGUGGCGGCCACUACGCCAGAGCUGCAGCCUGGAAGCCAGGUUUACCCUAUCAUUGCCAAUAAGGGGUGUCUUUUGGAAAGCGUGAGGGGAAACUCUGUGUUUCUCCCUCGGUACCACUCGUCUGCACUCAUCCUUCAUCUGCAGUCCUUCAAGUUUGGUCUUGGGGAAGAAGUGUACAUUCACUGUAAACUGGUUGCAUGGGACCCUGAAGAUGUUGAUCAAAGCAAGAAAACCUGCCACUAUAUAAAGGAAAAUGAGAGAUGGGAACUACUCGAUGACCCCUUCAGCCCCGUCUGCAGCUGCUGUGAUUCAACCUGCAAGUCGCGCUCCAAAAGAGGAGUCGAAUAUGCCCACGGCUUUAGUCACAACUCUGUGUUGGGACCGUUGAUCAUAAUGGAUCCGUCUGACUCAAAAGCCCACAACGUUUCAGAGUUGUCUGUUACUGCUGCGGACUCUUAAGGAAGCCCAGAGGAAGCUGACGGAGACUCUAUAGAGGAGCCAGUAGCCAAUGACCUCAGAUGUUGGGACGUCAGCUUUACAUGAUCUCAACAUAAACUGUUUGCAGAUUCAUUUAAUGUCAUCCAUCGAUCUUAAGCCCUCUGUACAAAUAAACCUGCUGUUGGGAUUCUA